AUGAGGAGGAACAUCUGGAGGAACCUCUGGGUAAAUAAUCUAGUGAGCAUAACUGAUGACAAGACUGGAGUCAUCAGUGAGCUCCUGGAGAUCCAGCUGGAGUAUCCAGCGAGUGUCCAGCCUCUGUAUCAUCCAGUGAGCACCAAUGAUGAUGCUGCUACAGCCAUCAGAGAGCUCCUGGAGGUCCUGUUUGCUGAUGCUCUAUCAGCGAGUGCCCAGCCAAAGAAGGCUGCUGAAGCUGAAGCUGAAGCUGAAUCCAUCGAUGAGCCCAUGAGCAUCUCAGUGGAGGACAAUGUGGAGGAACAUCUGCAGGAACAUCUGGAUAAUCUAGUGAGCACCAAUGAUGACGAAGCUAAAGCCAUCAGUGAGCUCCUAGAGAUCCUGUUUGACGAGGAGAUCCAGAUGGGGUGUCCAGCAAGUGUCCAGCCUCUGGCAGAAAAUGAGAUGGCGGCUGAUGAAGCGGAGGCUGAAGCCACCAACAAAUUCAUGAGCAUGUCUCUGGAGGACUCUGAGGAGGACCCUCACAGCAACUUGGACGAUGGUGAAACAGACAAUGAGAUGACGAGGGAGAUGAUGUUGGCUACCAAAACCCUCAAAGACCUCUUAGGAAUCAAUUGUGAGGACGCUGAGGAGGAACCUGUCAAGGAACCUCUGGACAAUGAGAUGACGAGGGAGAUGAUGUUGGCUACCAAAACCCUCAAAGACCUCCUAGGCAUCAAUUGUGAGGACGCUGAGGAGGAACCUGUCAAGGAACAUCUGGACAAUGAGAUGACGUUGGCUACUAAAACCCUCAAAGACCUCUUAGGAAUCCAUCGGGAGGACAUUGAGGAGGAACCUGUCAAGGAACAUCUGGACAAUGAGAUGACGAGGGAGAUGACGUUGGCUACCAAAACCCUCAAAGACCUCCUAGGCAUCAAUUGUGAGGACGCUGAGGAGGAACCUGACAAGGAACAUCUGGACAAUGAGAUGACGAGGGAGAUGAUGUUGGCUACCAAAACCCUCAAAGACCUCCUAGGCAUCAAUUGUGAGGACGCUGAGGAGGAACCUGUCAAGGAACAUCUGGACAAUGAGAUGACGUUGGCUACCAAAACCCUCAAAGACCUCUUAGGAAUCCAUCAGGAGGACAUUGAGGAGGAACCUGUCAAGGAACCUCUGGACAAUGAGAUGACGUUGGCUACUAAAACCCUCAAAGACCUCUUAGGCAUCAAUUGUGAGGACGCUGAGGAGGAACCUGACAAGGAACAUCUGGACAAUGAGAUGACGAGGGAGAUGAUGUUGGCUACCAAAACCCUCAAAGACCUCUUAGGAAUCCAUCGGGAGGACAUUGAGGAGGAACCUGUCAAGGAACAUCUGGACAAUGAGAUGACGAGGGAGAUGAUGUUGGCUACCAAAACCCUCAAAGACCUCCUAGGCAUCAAUUGUGAGGACAUUGAGGAGGAACCUGUCAAGGAACAUCUGGACAAUGAGAUGACGUUGGCUACUAAAACCCUCAAAGACCUCUUAGGAAUCCAUCAUGAGGACAUUGAGGAGGAACCUGACAAGGAACCUCUGGGUGAGUAA